AUGCAAGUGCGCGGCGACAUUGAUGGGCCUUUGCUGAGAGCACCUGCGUCAGCAGACUCAAAGGAAUUAUCUGCGCGCGAGGUCAGGUCGGCGGAAAUCACCGCCUUCUUGAGAUCAGUGCUAGGGGGCAUAGCUGAUGCCUCGAGGCUGGCACGGAUUUCAUCCCACAGUCUCAAAAGGACUCCGCUUUCCUGGGCGGCUAAGGGAGGCCUGUCAGAGGAGGUCAAGAACAUCUUAGGCAGACAUAUUGCCUCCACGUCAGGGACGGCUGCGGUCUACUCAGUGGACAUUUCCACGCCGGCAGUUCGGUCGUUUGCCAACUUGCUUCACAAGAUCUCAGAUGGAUCCUUUCAACCGGACAGGAUCAAUGCAGAUUACUUCCCCAGCAAAGCCUCUGCAACUGAUGACACAGCCAGGCCGGCACCUGUGAAAGAUGAGGCUGGAGUAGACUCAGAUGGACAGCGUGGGGAGGCCACUGCGGUUACCAUCUCGGAUGAAGAUACUUCAAGCAGUAGCUCGGAGGACUCGUCAUCAUCUGGAAGUGAUGCUGCGGCGGACCCACCGGCAAAACGCACUGGCACAGACUUGCCAUGGUCGUUGCAGGAGUCUUUGAUUCACCGCAAGUCACACAUUGCGCAUAAGGCUCAUUUUCAGCGCCGGUGCAAAGAGAUCAACUUGAGCCAGUCCACUGUGGGCAAACUCGAGGCCCUGGGCGUCAAGACUUUGGGAACCACAGCCCAUCUCAUCGGUAUUCCGGGACAAGAGCUAGCUGAGGAUUCUUUAAAGGAGUGGCUAGAGUUGAACCUCCCAGGAUUAUCGUUGGGAGAUGUUGCUGCUUUUAAGCGUCUACUGUUUGAGUCGCAGACACUUCAGUUGAGUGCACUUCGGCAGUCAAUUUUGGAUCCCGACAAUACCGCCAAACAGAAGUUGCCAGAAGCAGAGAAGUCACAGCGCUUAACGUUGUUCAAAACCGCCAAUCCCGGCUUGCACCUCGAUUCAACAGUGGAGCCGGGUCACUCGCUGCUCGAUUUAACAUGUGAGCAGCACCGAGAGAACGUCUUCAAGCAUAUCCGGAUCGAGAAAU